AUGGCUGCCAUACCAUGGACCCUCGCAGCCCCAGCGGCAGUCGCAUCCCUCGCCUACCUCCGUGCCAAAACCAGCUGGCCAAAUGACUAUGCCCUGUUGAAGGCAACAACCCUCGGCGGACUCUACGCCAAAAACUGCGUCAAGAAUGACCGCGUCAAUCUCUUCUACGAGCUCGAAAAGCACGCCCUAGAUCCAAAGGCACACGACCGCUCUUUCCUCGCCGUCCCACCUCACGUCCCCAAAGACGUCUCUACCCCAGCAGAUCUGAAGGGCUUGCAAGCAACAGAACUGAGUUACAAACAUGUUUAUGAGACUGUCUUGAAGUUUGCUGCAUGGUUGAAGCAAGAGCAUGGUGUCAACAAGGGUGAUAUGGUCGCCAUUGACUGUACCAACAAACCUCAAUUCAUCUAUUUGUGGUUUGCAAUCUGGUCGUUGGGUGCGAAGGCUGCCUUCAUCAACACAAACCUUAGAGGAAAGGCCUUGUUGCAUUGUGUCAAGGCUUGUGAGGCGAAGCUCUUGAUCGUGGAUCCCGCAAUCAAAGAGGCGUUGACCGACGAAGUCAGACAAGAGCUCGGAAGUUCAGUUGUGUCUGUUGUGCUGGACGAGAUCAUUGAGAGCAGGAUCGUUGCGCUCAAGGGUUUAAGAGUGCCUGACGAAGAGCGGGGAGGUCAACAGAUGUGGGACACAGCAGUCCUCAUUUUCACCUCUGGAACCACCGGACUGCCCAAACCUGCUGUAGUGCCUUGGAGGAAGUUCCUGCUGUCUCCCAAGACCGUCGGUACCUGGAUGGGCAUCAAGUCUACAGACCGAUACUACACUGCCAUGCCCCUCUACCACAGUUCCGCGACCCUUCUCAACGUCUCCAUUGUCCUGCAUGUAGGCGCAACAACAAUUCUUUCUCACCAUUUCUCGCCCAAGACUUUCUUCGCCUCAGCCACUGCUUCCAAAGCAACAAUGAUGCAGUACAUUGGCGAGAUGUGCCGAUAUCUCCUGAGCACACCCCCUUCUCCUUUUGACCAGUCUCACACUAUCCGCUUGGCCUUUGGCAACGGUCUACGUCCAGACGUAUGGCUGAAAUUCAAGGAACGCUUUAACAUUCUCGAGAUUGCAGAGUUCUAUGCCGCUACCGAAGCUCCUGGCGGCACUUUCAUCAAAAGUAAGAACAACUAUGGUCUUGGCGCUGUAGGCAGAGCAGGAACAGCCAUAUCCACUCUCUUGGGCAGCCAAUCCGCAAUCGUCAAACACAAUGUCGAGAGCGGAGAGCCCUACCGCAACUCUUCAAACUUCUGCGAGAGGGUUUCGCCAGGGGAAGCGGGCGAGUUCAUUAAUGCGAUGGAUCCUAACAACAUCAAAGAGAGUUUCUUGGGUUAUUACGGCAACCAGAAAGCUUCUAAUUCCAAAAUCCUGCGCGAUGUCUUCAAGAAGGGAGAUGCAUGGUAUCGUACCGGCGACUUGUUGCGCAAAGACUCCGAGGGUCGACUUUUCUUUGUGGAUAGAAUCGGAGAUACUUAUCGCUGGAAGUCUGAAAACGUCAGCACGAAUGAAGUCGCCGAAGCCCUUUCUACAUCACCUCACGUCGGCGAGAUCAACGUCUACGGUGUGGCACUCCCUAACCAUGACGGACGCGCUGGCUGUGCAGCUGUCAUGCUCAGAUCAGCCCCAUCCUCCCAAGUCUUGCAAGAGCUUGCCGCACAUGCUCGAGAGAAGAUGCCCAGAUUUGCAGUUCCGCUGUUCUUGAGAGUGGUCAAGGAGUUUGAGGUCACGGCUACUUCUAAGUACACCAAGUAUGGAUUGAGAGAGCAAGGUGUGGAUCCAAGCAAGACGGGCGAGGAUGCAUUGUUCUGGCUACCUGUUGGUGCGGAAGCCUACGAGGAGUUUGGAAAGAGGGAUUGGGAGAAUAUCGUUGGAGGUGGUGUUAAGCUUUGA